AUGUCAACACCCUUCCUUCCAUUGGGCCAAGGACCACGGGUGAUUGUCUACCACCAGACACAUCAUGGUCCAAAUGAUGGACCGCCUGUGUCCUUGCUUCCCCUCAUCACCAACUCCACGGGCGUGACACAUGUGAUCAUCGCUGCCAUACACAUCAACGACAAGCCAGAAGAAUUGACCUUGAACGACACAUCACCGUCUCACGAGAAAUUCAACACCUUAUGGGGAGAAGUGGCAUGGCUCCAAGCGAGCGGCAUCAAAGUGUUGGGCAUGCUCGGCGGCUUUGCCAAAGGCUCUUAUGAACGCCUUGAUGGUGAUGAUCUUCAGCGAUUCGAGAGCUACUAUGUGCCGCUGCGGAAUAUGAUUCGCGAACAUCGUCUCGACGGCCUGGAUCUGGACAUUGAAGAACCAACGAGUUUGCCUGGUACCUGUCGACUGAUCGAUCGAUUGCGAUCUGAUUUUGGUCCUGAGUUCUUGAUCACUCUUGCCCCGGUUGCCACAGCUCUGCUGCCUAAUCAACCUCACCUCUCCGGGCCAGCUUUUGACUAUAGACUCCUCGAGCAGAUGCGCGGGCAUGAAAUCGCUUGGUAUAACACACAAUUCUACUGCGGGUGGGGAGAUGCAAGUUCUACGGCCUGGUACGAUGCCAUCAUGAGCGUAGGUUGGCGGGCAGACAAGGUCGUGAUGGGUCUGAUGUCCAACCCGGCAAACGGUCCAGGCCACAUCGAAUGGCCUCGUCAAGCACCCGUUCUCCAAGCUCUUCGCGCACGAUAUCCCAACUUUGGCGGUGUCAUGUGCUGGGAGUACUUCAAUGCACUGCCAGGCGGCUCCGAAAGACCUUGGGAAUGGGUGGCAAAUGUGUCUCGAAUUCUGAGAACACCGUCGCUCAUCGCCCCUCCGCCUUUGCCCAUCAGACCUUUUGGCAUGCAAGAGUCUUUGCCGCGUCCUGCUCAUAACUUUCCUGCCGAAAGUAUCAGCACUUUGAAGGAUCUGGGUUUCAGCGAGCAACAGGCGGUAGCUGCAUUGAAUUCAACCAAUGGCAAUGUUGAAUACGCUGCUGGGCUGCUAUUCCAAGACUAA